CAGUGUGGCAGUGUUUUAGUGAGAGGAGUUGUUGUGACUUUUUAAGACUGUAAAAGCAUGAAGAGGUUGAAUCUGUAACUAACUAACGGCUUAGUCAGCGGCGUGCCCAUCAUCACAACCUCAUUCUCUCGUCGUCUGCCUUCAACAACGUCAAACUUCUUCCUCGUCCGUCGUCUGCUUUGCCCGUCCUCCUCCUCAUCUUCUGUCUCGCUGUCUGUCCCGCUGCUUUCUCACGUCUCUCCCGAUUGCUCCGCCUUUCCACUCCCAUACUCUUCUAUCCUCCACUAAAUCUCCCCAUCGUCUUUCCCGCCGUUCUCCCACCAUGACCUCAGAACGUGAUAACAAAACGUUUCUUGCCAGGCUCUGUGAGCAGGCUGAGCGUUAUGAUGAAAUGGUCACAUAUAUGAAGGAAGUUGCCAAUCUGGGUGGUGAACUUACCGUUGACGAACGCAACCUUCUUUCCGUUGCCUACAAAAACGUUGUUGGAACUCGCCGUGCUUCCUGGCGCAUAAUCUCCUCCAUCGAGCAGAAAGAGGACUCGAAGGGUUCUGAGAAACAUGUUGCUAUCAUUGGCGAGUACCGCCAAAAGAUCGAGGCCGAACUCGAGCGCGUUUGUCAGGAUGUUCUUGACGUUCUGGAUCAAUCUUUGAUUCCCAAAGCCGAAUCUGGUGAAUCCAAGGUGUUCUACCACAAGAUGAAGGGCGACUACCACCGUUAUCUCGCUGAGUUUGCUUCCGGUAACAAGCGCAAGGUUGCUGCGACUGCCGCCCACGAGGCAUACAAGAACGCCACCGAUGUUGCCCAAACCGAGCUGACGCCCACCCACCCCAUCCGUCUGGGUCUCGCCCUCAACUUCUCCGUUUUCUACUAUGAGAUCCUCAACUCCCCAGACCGUGCCUGCCAUCUGGCCAAACAGGCAUUCGAUGAUGCCAUUGCUGAACUCGACUCCCUGUCUGAAGAGUCAUACCGCGAUAGCACUCUGAUUAUGCAGUUGCUCCGUGACAACUUGACUCUGUGGACCUCAUCUGACGGCGCUGAGCCCGAACCUGCGCAAUCUGGUGAGCCCAAGGAGGAUAAGCCUGCUGAGGGUGCGGAGGGUGCUGAGGGCGCCGAGGCUGACACGGCUGCUGCUGAUGUGCCUGCUGCGGAAGAACCGAAGAAGGAGGAGGCUGCUGCUGGUGCUUCUUGAGGUUGACAAGGCAAUCCCCUUCCCCUCCCUUCUCCUUACAAUUUCUUGGUUUGCGCCAAAAUAAAACCAUGCUGUGGGUUGGGGCGGUGGCCAUUCCUGGUGGACACAAAAAUUAAAAAGAAAAACCAAACUAUACAGAUAUGUCCAAAAAAAAAAAAAAAAAAAGAAAAAAAAAAAAGAAAAAGAAAGAAAAAGGUAAAAAAAAAGGUAAAAAAAGAUAAAAAAUCCACACAGACGAUGAAAGCAAAGGAGAUUACUUUUCUUUUCUUUCCUUUUUAUUUUGUUUCCAAAUGAAAGGGAUCGAAUCGAUAUAUGGCGUGGGCAUGGGCGUGGGUUGGGGGUGUGGUGUUUCACAGACAAAGCUCCAAACCCUUCUCCUCUCAAGUGACAAGAUGGACGUCCUUCUAAUUAUUCUCAAGGGGGUUGUUUUUAUCCAUUUUAGUUUUCGAUCAGGCGGCGUUUGCUACAAUUGAACUGGAGAGUUGCGAAAGCAAGAAAGGAGGGCAAGAAAGAACGCGCGGAAACCUGGGAAAUAUUUUGUCUUUUUUCCUUUUUCUUAAAAAUUAUUUUCCAAUCAAGCAAUCAACAUAUUAUUCCCCUGUCCUUCUCAUUAUCAUUUUACGUGCUGCUCGUUUUAAGGAAUCUCCUAUCAGUGCUCUGAUCUUGGGUGGGAAUGGGGCUAUGAGGGGAAGAUGAUGAGAAAUGAAAGAUACAAAGACCUCUCAGCACGGCUAGUCUCCUUUCUGCCUUCUGUUGUUUUUCCCACUCUCUUUCCUCUUUUUCGAUAACACAGCCUCCCCUCCCUCCCCUCUCUUUUUCUCGUCUCGUCUCGUCUCGUCUCGUCUCGUCUGCCUGUCAAAGAAUUCUGUUUCCUCUCCUCUGUUGCAGCCUACUCGUUUCCUCGCCUUGAUCAUUGCCUUGCCUUUCGCUUGCCGGUAACUCAAUACAAUCAAUCCCCCCCCUGUUUUGAUUUCGUACUUAAACACACACACACACACAUAUAUAUAUAUAUAUAUAUAUUUAUAUACACAACACAAAAUCCCGCCCCUUCUUACGAGCCUGUUUCCCCAUAAUAUUUCCAUUUUUCCUCUUCGUUCUGCUUGUGUGUAUAGUUGUAGCUCAGCUCGCUCGUAUUAUCUUAUUUUAUUUUACUUUAUUCCAUUUCUUCUCGUUGCUUUUUUUCGUUUUCUUUUUUUCCCUUUCUUUGUCUUCUCUAAUCUCGUUCUCUCUGUUGGCCAAUGAUUGAGAUUGGCUGGUUGAUUGAUUGAUUGAUUGAUUGAUUG